CCAAUUUUGGGUGACUAAAACAUCAACCCAAUGCUGAUCAAAAUUGAUGAUUAGCUUUUUCUUGAAGUGAAAUUGAUCUUGUUGUAUGAUUUCAGUUCUUGUUUUUGUUUUUCUAGGGAUUUCAAUUUUGAUUUGAAGAAGAAAUGGAGGGAGUAGAUUACUUGAUCGAUGAGAGGAAGAAGGCGCAGUUCGAUGUGGAAGCCAUGAAAGUUGCUUGGGCUGGUUCUCGUGAAACUCUUGAAGUCUCUAAUCGUAUGGCCAAGCUCGUCGCUAAUGAUCCGGUCUUUGAGAAGUUUACUAGGCCUAUGCUUGGUAGGAAAGAGUUGUUCAAGAAUACUCUUAGAAAGGCUGCUCAUGGAUGGAAGCUGAUUGUUGAUCUUCGUCUAACUGUUUUAUGUAAUCAUCAUUGUUUUCACUUGACUGUGCAAUUCUUAUUAAUCUCAGAAGAAGAGGCCAAAUGGCUGCGGCUUUAUAUCGACGAACCUGCUUACACUGAUCUUCACUGGGGAAUGUUCAUUCCAGCUAUAGAAGGGCAAGGCACCGAGGAACAAAAAAAGAAAUGGUUGCCAUUGGCGCAAAAGAUGAAAAUUAUUGGCUGUUAUGCACAAACGGAACUUGGUCAUGGGUCCAACGUGCAAGGUCUUGAAACAACCGCAACAUUUGAUCCCCAAGCGGAUGAGUUUGUUAUUCACAGUCCUACUUUAACAUCAAGCAAAUGGUGGCCUGGUGGAUUGGGUAAAGCAUCAACACAUGCUCUCGUUUAUGCUCGCCUCAUAGUAGGUGGUGAAUUUCAUGGAGUUCAUGGCUUUAUUGUCCAACUAAGGAGCUUGGAGGAUCACUCACCUCUUCCUGGCAUUACUGUUGGUGAUAUUGGGCUGAAGUUUGGAAAUGGGGCAUAUAACACCAUGGAUAAUGGUGUGCUAAGAUUUGAUCAUGUGCGUAUCCCACGGAACCAGAUGUUGAUGAGGGUGUCACAGGUUACAAAGGAAGGGAAAUACAUGCAAUCUGAUGUUCCUCGACAACUCAUUUAUGGGACUAUGGUGUAUGUUAGGCAAACAAUUGUAGCUGAUGCUUCCAAGGCAUUAUCUCGUGCAGUUUGUAUUGCUACAAGAUAUAGUGCCGUCCGUAGACAGUUUGGCUCACGUAAUGGUGGGCCUGAGACGCAGGUGAUAGAUUACAAAACUCAGCAAAGUAGACUCUUCCCUUUGCUGGCUUCUGCUUAUGCCUUUAGAUUUGUUGGUGAAUGGUUGAAAUGGUUGUACACGGACGUGAAGCAAAGGUUAGAAGCUAACGACUUCUCAACCUUGCCCGAGGCGCAUGCAUGUACUGCAGGCUUGAAGUCCUUGACAACUACCGCAACAGCUGAUGGAAUUGAAGAAUGUCGAAAACUAUGUGGUGGUCAUGGCUACCUUGUCAGUAGUGGGCUUCCUGAACUCUUUGCGGUUUACAUUCCUGCUUGUACGUAUGAAGGGGACAACGUUGUCCUGUUGCUACAGGUUGCGAGGUUUCUUGUGAAGACAGUCUCGGAGCUGGGAUAUAAACAGCCAGUUGGGACAACAGCUUAUAUGGGACGAAUGGCAGCACUGAUGCAGAACAAUUGUGCUGUUCGAACCGCUGAGGACUGGCUAAAUCCUGGUGCAAUAGUUGAAGCAUUUGAGGUAAGGGCUGCUAGAAUGAGUGUUGCCUGUGGCCAACGGUUAGCCAAGUUUGAAAAUCCAGAAGAAGGUUUUGCAGAACUAGCGUCUGAUUUAGUUGAGGCAUCAGUUGCUCACUGCCAACUGAUUGUUGUGUCCAAGUUUAUCGAGAAACUGAAACAAGACAUCCCCGGAAAGGGAGUGAAACAAUCGUUAGAGAUACUGUGCUAUGUCUAUGCAUUGUUUCUUCUUCACAAGCAUCAAGGUGAUUUCUUGGCCAUCGGGUAUCUUACGCCCAAACAGGCCUUACUUGCUAACGAUCAACUCAGAACCUUGUACUCCAAGGUCCGUCCAAAUGCAAUAGUGUUGGUUGAUUCAUUCAACUACACCGAUCACUAUCUGGGUUCAAUUCUUGGGCGUUAUGAUGGGAAUGUAUAUCCGAAACUCUACGAUGCUGCUUGGCAAGAUCCUCUGAACGAUUCAGAUGUAGCUGACGGCUUCCAUCAGUACGUUCAACCAAUUCUCAAGCAGAAGCUACACUCCGCUAAGCUAUAAAACACCCGUAGCUGCCCUAAGUGUUCAAAAGAUUUCGGUAUUAAGAUAUCAUUUUUACCAUUUCGUUUGAAGCGGGAAGAGUAAGAUAGAAGAGCCUUUAGGCCUUAUGUUGAUGCUGGUAUGCGUCUUUACCUACUUUGCAACGCUGUUCCUGCUUUUAAUCGUUGUCGAAAAAGUUGAAACGAUGGUCUUCUGGAUUUACUCACACCAAAAUUAUGUGGAUUUGAUUAUAUUUUACCAUCCUGAAUGAAAAUUAUAAUAAGUUCAUAUGUCAUUUUAGGUGAAUUGAUUUGA